GUUCAAAAUGGUUAUGAUUUAGGCUUUUCUCCCUCUAACAUUGAAGCAAUUUAGAAAAAACAUGGUUAAGCACUUCAGCAUUUAUGAAGUACUACCAAUUAAACUUAAAUUUUCCGCCAAAUAUGUGUGUUGAGUGUGUCGAAUCUUGCAUAAUUCCACAACUUUGAAGCAUUUCAACUUUCAAGUUUUACAGAAGUCCCGCCUCUCAUUCGAACUUUGCAACUGAAGGUGGCCAGUAGCCAUGGCUACCGGCGUUCUCUGCCUGCUCUUUCUUGCAUUCGCCUGUUCACCAUCCUUCGUCUUCUCCGAUGACCUGGCUUUAGUUGUUGGUCAGUCUACUGCACUGCAGAUAGUCCCAAGUUUGCUCGUCAAAAAUUCACCUGGUGUUAAGCCCGGCGUCAAUGUUCUUGCUGAAAGAGUGCAUAUAUAUGGUUUGUCAAGAAUGAAAAAUCUCAAACGAUUUUCCCAUGCUGUGACAGUGAAAGUCUUGCACCUGAAUUCUAGUCUUCGCCAACCAACUUUUGAGAUUUGUUUCCACAGGAAUCUGUCUCUUGGGGUAGGAAUGUGCUCCCCAAGUCAGUGGCAAAGGGUUUCUAAGGGCUCAUGGGCUCAACGGAUGUCACCCUUUGACCACAAGCUUUUAGAUGUACGAAUGGCUAGUUCAUCAUUGGAAACCCUUGAGUUGAUCCUUCAAGAAGACUUCUCUUCAUAUCGCAUUGUGUUUCUGAUCCUGGGUACGCUUUUGAUUACACUGGCUCCCACAUUCAGUGAGUCUUUGAUAUUCUAUUAUAGCAGUGCUAUGGCUGUGGGGAUCGUCCUUGUGGUACUAAUUGUCCUUUUUCAGGGAAUGAAGCUUCUUCCUACUGGUCGAAGAAAUUCUCUUGCUAUCUUUAUGUACUCGACUUUUAUUGGCGUCGGAUCGUUUUUGCUCAGUUACUUGCCACGUUUGCUGCGCACAAUGCUUGCGGAGAUGGGUGUCAGCGAGGACAUGUACAAUCCUCUGGCCACUUUUUUGUUGCUGUUUAUUUCACUUGCUGGAGCAUGGUUGGGCUUUUGGGUUGUUCGGAAAUUAGUUCUCACUGAGGAAGGAUGUAUUGAUACAACCGUAUCUCAAUUUGUGGCCUGGUCAAUCCGGAUUUUCGGUGCUGUUAUGAUUUUGCAGUGUACUUUGGAUCCUCUGCUGGCUGCAGAAGCAUUGGUUUCUGCUAUUUUGAUAUCAUCAAUUUUGCGUAAGGUUAUCAAACCAAGAUUUCUACGCCGACUUUACAGGAAAUUACGAAAAGCUGCUGCAAGAAGUCACCAGAAAGUGAGGGGUCAUGAUUCAUCUCCAACAGUUAGAAGAAGUGUAGAGCAUGUGAGCAGUUAUCAAAAUCCUCAAGAUAUGUUUCUCAGUCCUCCAUCCAGAUGCACCGCACGAGCUGCCUCCUAUUCUCCAGUCAAAGGACGAUCCAAGAAAACUCCUCCGCCUCCUACAGAAUCUGACACCUUCUUCUCUACCUAUCAUAACACACCACAAAGGAGGAACUUUUCUGAUAACCAGUGGAAAUCAUUGACCAAAGAGUGCACAAAAAAGGGACUGGAAGAACUGGUUUCUUCUCCUGAAUUUAAUAGAUGGGCUGUAGCUCAUGCUGAAAGAAUCACAUUAGCUCCGAUUGAGAAGGACCCCAGUGCAACUAGGCGUAAGUGGUUUUUCUGGUUCAGAUAGGUCGGAGGACUUGAAUUAAUUUGACGAUCAUGGAGAAUAUUUUCUCAAAUUCAGAAGCAGCUAACUGUGUGGUUUUUUUUCACAACAGCCGGUGAGAGUAUUGAAAGUUAUGGAGUCCAGAAUAUCUUCUUAAGCACUGAUGUCCUAAAUUCUGCACAUAAUCUGGUAGUAUGUAGUUAGUUUUGUUAAUAUGGAAAAGCUUAAUGAAGAACAUGCUCACCAGUGGAAAUGAGAGGAUUUUGUUUGUGGUCCACGAUCGCUAAAUGGAUUUAUCAAAUUAUGCCCCCUUCUUACAUGUUCACCAUGAAUUCUUCUCCAUUUAGCCGUAAUCCUUGGAGUGUGUUGUGUACAAUAGGAUAGGUUUGGCACUAUCUCUAAUUCUAAGUCUUGAGACUUGUGUAAUGUUUAACAAUGGUUUCUUUUCCUACGAUUGACAUAUUUACAUGUCUAAGACUGAGUAGAAGAAACUAGAAAGUUCAUAUUGUGCACUUAAAAUA